AGGUGUCAGGAUUUUACUAUAUAUUACCAGUUCCUGAGUUGGAAAAAUUAAUUAGAGUUUAAGUUAGUGUGAAAAGAAAAAAAGAGAAAAAAAACAGUUAUAGAGAAAAUGUACAUGUUUUAGAGUUCUCCUGAGGAAAAGAAAUUAAGCAAACAAGACUGGUUAGUUAGAGAAGUUGGUAGUGGUCAUGGAUAACACAGCAUGUACUAAAGUUCCGUCUGCUGUUAGAAAAGUGAAGAAGAAGCAAGUGAAAGAUGAGUUGGAUCGUCAAAAACAGGCUGAGAAAAAAAAGAGGCGCUUGGAGAAAGCCCUAGCUACUUCUGCUGCAAUUAUAUCUGAACUGGAAAAGAAGAAACAGAAAAAGAAAGAGGAACAGCAGAGGCUUGAUGAAGAGGGAGCUGCAAUUGCUGAGGCAGUUGCUCUGCAUGUCCUACUUGGUGAAGACUCGGAUGAUUCGCGUAAGAUGGCGCUGAAGAAAGAUGAGGGGUUCAACCCAUGGGAUUGUGCUACCAGUAUUGACCUCUUGAUGGGUGGAAGAUCUGGCAUUCCUUGUCAGGGCCCAACAAAAUGCUCACUCAACGAAAUUGAGUGGGUCUCUAAUGUUUACGAAUCAGGGUGCGAAUGGAAUUAUUUGGGCAAUGGUGACUGGUCAGUCUCAUCUGGGCCUUUUAGAAGAGAUCUCCAUCCUCCAUAUUUUGAGGAGGGAAGUUGGGAGACAACAGAAAUCUCAGCCGGGCUUUUAGCAGCACAGGCUGUUUCAUCACUCCAAAUUGCAGAAGAUGCACCAGUGGACACCAUUGUUUUCAAUGGAAUGUUAAGAGGGUAAGAUGAUGAACAGGCGUCAGUUAAUAUAUAUAUAUAUAUGGUCCAGUAACUCUGAAUGAAUCAUCUUAGUUUCAUGGUCAUGUCAUAGUUUUGAAUAAUGGUUUGUAUAUAUUUCUGGAGAUUGUGACCUUCCUGCUCAUCAGAUACACGCAUUGCUCUAGUGCUUCCGUUCAGCGUUAAACAUUGUUGCAGUUUAAUGUUCUCACACUUUACUCUCUUCUCCUCUUCCUUGAAACUGCUUGAUUCCCCUGGUGGAGUGGUUUCCAUACCCUGAGACAUCUACAGAGACAGUCUUUUUCCUUUUUCUUGUUUUUUUUGUUUUUUGCCCUUUUUCUUUUGUUCCUUCCUUUUUGUGGGUUGUUUUUCGAACUCUCAAUAUAUAUUAAUAGAUCCAUUAAUGCUGUAUUAAGCUACCACAAGGGCAUCAUGAAUGGAAUGAAAGAGCCUUUUAGUGAUUUUGUAAAUUCA